CUGACCUGAAACACUGGUUUUUCCUGGUGAGGCUAGAAAGAGAACAUCAAAAAUUCCCUAGCAGCAGCAAGUGCAAGUAUUGUCUUUACUGUGUAGACUAUGGAUUUCUGCAGAGUUGAUAAAACAACUGUAGAGCUUUAACAUUCUGCUACAGGUUGCCAUCAAGAAGCCAACCUAGGAAGAAAAAACACCCCAGCAGAUCUCACCGGAAAGGAAAGCCAAACUGUGUUUUUCUGUCCAUUUGCUUACAGAUUUGAGAGUGAGCCUCAGACAUAAGGUACAUUUUUUGAUUCGAGAGAAUUAAACUGUUCCCAUCCUCUCAGGAGGCAACUAGGAACCUGGCAUCAGCUGACAUCAUGCAGUAUGAUGAUAACUUCACAGAAUAUUUUCAGAACUAUGAAGAGGAUGAGCCUCCUGAAUCCUACCUCACUGAUGCCCAGAUUGUCUCACUUGUGCUGCACAGUGUGGCUUUUCUCCUUGGAGUACCCGGCAAUGCAUUAGUCAUAUGGAUCAUGGGCUUUAAGUGGGACAAGACUGUCACUUCGCUCUGGUUCCUCAACCUGGCAAUUGCAGACUUCAUCUUUGUCUUAUUCCUGCCUCUCUACAUUGUGUACGUCGCCCUGGGCUUCCACUGGCCCUUUGGGAAGUGGUUGUGCAAAGCCAACUCCUUCAUUUCCCUAUUAAACAUGUUUGCCAGUGUCUUCUUCCUGACAGCCAUCAGCCUUGACCGGUAUGUCCACUUGAUCCACCCGGCCUUCUCCUAUAGGCACCGCACUCUCAAGAACACCCUGCUUCUUAUUUUGGCCAUCUGGAUUUUUGCUACCCUCAUUGGAAGCCCAGCACUGUAUUUUCGAGACACACUUACACUACCCACCAAUAUCACCAUUUGCUACAACAACUACCACUCAAAUGACUUUGAUCUCAUUGUGCUCCGGCACCACAUUUUGAUCUGGGUGCGGUUCAUCUGUGGCUAUCUCUUUCCUCUCUUAACCAUGAUGGUUUGUUACUCCCUUCUGAUCUGCCAGGUGAAGAAGAGUGCCAUACUGACCUCCAGCAGGCUCUUCUGGACUAUUCUUGCUGUUGUGGUGGUUUUCUUUAUUUGCUGGACCCCCUACCAUUUGUUUAGCAUUCUUGAGCUGACAGUUCACCACAGUGACUACUUUCAUGAUUUGUUUCGGGAUGCCAUUCCUCUUGCUGUCAGCUUUGCUUUCAUCAAUAGCUGCCUGAACCCCAUUCUUUACGUCCUACUCAGCAAAAAGCUCCAGUCCUGUUUCAGUGUGACCUUCUCGGAGUUGGUGAAACACACACUGUGGGAAGUUAGCCGUUCUGGGACAGUCAGUGAGCAAGUUCAAAACUCCAUGAGUCUACAACCAUGUGAAAGCCCUGAAACUGAAGUCUCUUCAAAUCAACUAUGCUUCUUGCCGGCAGAGGAUGUCUAAGGACACACAAAGAUGAAAAUCUGUAACCUCACUAGCAAGAUAGCUAAACAGUUACAGCAUAUUCUCAACUAAACCAGCUUCUUAUGUACAUGUACUCAUAGUGAAUGCACAACUAUCAAUACAGUUAUCAGCAGAGCAGUUUUGGGGAGCAAGCUAUGGCAUUUGCAUCUACAUAGUCUUUGGUCCAUAUGCCCACAUACAUGAAAAGUAACUUGACCUCAGUGAAGGAUGUUGGAAAAUGGUUUUGUUAUACAAAAGAAGCAAAGUUGUAUAGUCAUGAAGAACGAAAUGACUGCUAGAGACCAAGCUGCCUUAGUUAAGGAGCAGCCUAACUAAAAAACAUUUCAUGUUUGAAAUGUAUCAUUAGCACGUCUGAUCUCCAGCUAUAUCUUGCAGCUUGUAUUAGAAUUUAGUAUUGUGAGGUUUUUGUUUCCUAGGCCUUCAACACUUCUUGAGGUCUUCCUGCCUCUGUUCUAUGGCUGCUAGAGCCAUCCGUUCACCUACUCUUCCCACAUGCGCCUAUUCUUCCUUCCCUAGCUUACUCUGGGUUGGUCUUUCAGCUCUGUUGUCUGUAGGGGAGGGGUGAAAUUCAUGAAGCUACAGCUUGUUUUUAUUUUUGCUUCCUUCUCUGUUGUCCUCAAAUACUUAAAAACAUUUUUUUAACAAAAAGAGCAGCAUCAUAUCUCCAUAAACAUCUAGUGGGCAUACUUUUCUAAAACAAGAGUCCCUCAUUGUUUUAGCCCCACAACUAUUUUUUGAAAAACAGACAUGUCCUUCUAGUCACUUCUGGUUUCAGUUGGUGGAGUCCCAUUUAGAGAGCCCAGUGAGAUGGAAAAUGGUUCUCAGAGGGUCCUAACAUUGCUCACACCUGCUUUAGACUCUCAGUCCCUUGGUCUCUUCCUGAGACCUUCUUUUCCCAGUUCUUAGCCUUCAUUCCACUACUUUUAUCUGUAGAUCAGAGCUGGGCAAACUCUGGAAAUUAUUUUUCUAGCACAACUCCAGCCCCUCUGUGGAGCUUAUCCCAUGGCUUUUUAAUUCAAAUUAUCUCUGUGUGGUUUAAAUCUUAAUUUGUGUGGCAUCCUGAUAUUAUCAGAUGUUUUUGCCACCUAAUUUGCUGUUGAAUACAGCCUGGGUCCAUCCCUGCUACCAGGAGUGUUCCGCUGGCCAUUUUCUCAAGCUGGAAAACUGGAACCGAGUAGUAGCUCUAGAAGCGGGGAUGGGCC